AGAAUAAACUGAAUGAAGUUAAAAGAAACUAGAAAUAUUUUUUUAAAAAAUCAGAAUUUAAUAUCAGAUUGGACAAUGAGCGGUUGGAUUGGGCUCAUACAAUCUUCAGUCAUGAGAUGCCAUGGAAGCCCAACCCGAAACUCGAGAAGAGCCAGCGAAAAAGAACGACGUCGGUUAACAUCUUCUUCCUGCUCCAGAGAGAGAGAGAGAGAGAGAGAGAGAGAUGGCGGAAGAUUUGGUGUUGGACAGGGCGAUCAGAGACUGGGUACUGAUUCCGUUAUCGGUGGUUAUGGUUUUGAUCGGCGUCCUCCGAUACUUCGUCUCCAAGCUCAUGCGCUCAUCUUCUCACUUACCCGACGCUAAAAUCAUCAAAGAAGGGCAGGUGAUAAUCAGGGCUAGGAAUUUGAGAGCCGCCGCUAAUUUUAUUCCUGCUAAAUCGUUUCGAGCACGACGAUUGUAUUAUAGCAACGAGGAAAAUGGGUUACUUUUUGUUCCUAAAGACCAAGCUCAGAAUGCACAGGCACAAAUGUUUUCGGAUCCUAACAUGGCUAUGGAUAUGAUGAAGAAAAAUCUCUCUAUGAUCAUACCUCAGACUCUUACUUUUGCUUGGGUUAACUUCUUCUUCUCUGGAUUUGUAGCAGCAAAAAUUCCUUUUCCGUUGACCCAGAGGUUCAGGUCAAUGUUACAAAACGGGAUAGAUUUGAGCACAGUUGAUGUCAGUUAUGUCAGUAGUCGUUCAUGGUACUUCCUCAAUCUCUUUGGGUUGAGGGGUUUGUUUAGUCUCAUUCUUGGAGAAGAAAACGCUAUGGAUGACACCCAACGCAUGAUGCAAAUGAGUGGAUUUGGUUUUGACCCCUCAAAGAGUUUGGGUGCUGAAAAAGACAGUCUAGACAUCCUACAGCAUGAAUGGGUGUUGCCUAAAUUCGAGCAGCGAGCUGAAGCUGUCUUGAAGAAACUUUGUGGUUGACUGAGGUUGUUGAUCACUGAAUCCACUUCUUGUACCGUCUGUAAGUCCGUUGAGGCUUUUCGUUUUUGUGUGUCCACUUUAACUUGUUCGUGUUAAAUUUCAAAUAUAGGUAACGAAUGGUAGUUGUUUAUCGAGUAUUAUCGUUUCAAUUGUCACAGUUCUUUCCAGUUUUAUUAACUCUACUUAUCUCGACUCCAGUCGUAGUCUCCAAGUCUCACUUCUUGCCCGUUGCUAAAGUAUAUUUCGUGCUUAUGCUCCCGCACCCCUUCAACGUCACUACUCACUAUGCACUACCUUAAGACUUGUCAAAUUGCCUUUGCACUAUAAGGUAAAUGGG